AGAUUAUAAUUUACUCUACUGGCAUAGGUACUCAAUUUUAUGAAUUUUGAAAGAUCAUCUGGUCAGAUUCAGCCUAUUUUGUACUCAUUUGGGCUUGCCAAAAUGCCUUGAAUCAUUCACUAAACUAUUUCCACUGAACUGGUAAAAUGUCUGUGGAAGGUAGUUUUUUCAACUAUACUGCUCUAUGUGGCACACCAUCUCUUGAAAUAUGGAACCCUCACACUCGUUCUCUUGGACUAUGCUUCCAAAAGCUAUGCCUCAACACGCCAGUCUUUGCUUUACUGGCUGUUGUUUCAGCAUACUUCAUUGGGAAGCAGUCACCAUAUGUUAUGCGCAACAGACAAGAUACUGUAGUCAUUUACUGUAGAAUGAUUUUGUCAUGUGCCAUGGUUCUGCUGUCUGUGCUUCUGGAACCCCUAACUCUUAUCUUUGUGGCUGAUGCCAAGAUCUUCUGGGUCGAUGUUGUAUCCUACGGAGUUCAGGGAUUGGCAUGGACUGUCCAUCUGUGUUAUUUGAUGGCACUUAAAACCCGCCAUUUUGGCUCCACCAUGCGGGGCUCUGUGUGUGUGCUGAUGGUAUGGUCUUUGAGUGUCAUUACUGCUGCACUCUUCACUCAUACCUGCUUCAGUAAAGCAAGUCAUGCUUGGGCUCCUGAUAUGCGACAAGUCAUGCAAGCCAUUGCAGUAUGUCGUCUUACAUUGCAAAUGCUGUACUGCCUAUGCCUUUUCCCUGAAGGUGGAGAAACUUUACGUUCUGAUGGAAGUCAAUAUAGGGAAAUCAGUGCCGAGCACCUCUUACAGCAGCAGCAACAGCAGGGAGCUGACUCUGGCUACACCAGAUUCCAUGAAGUAGCAACUCCAUAUCACUUGGGUGCCGCCGAGGUAAACAUCAGUUGGUUGUCAUACCUGAGUCUGCACUGGGUGGGUGCGCUCAUGGAGAAGGGAUCCGUAGGUCUGCUGAACUCAGUGGAUGAUUUGCACACGCUGCCUCACGACCUUCGCACACAGCAGGUAUCAUACGCUGUACGACGCUACGCACUGCUUACGCGGCCCCUGCCCGAUGACGAACGCGAACCGUACGCCUUCAACCACCACGACUUUCCAUCGCAGUCGACCGUCAUUAGCAUGGUGCGCGCGGGACAUGGCGAGCAGCGACAUCUGCCGUGCACCUUCGACUCUGAUACAACAGCAGCAAAUGCCAUGGAAAGUCCCUCUUCUUCUAGCGCCAUGGCAGAGGACGUUGGUCCUGCCAUUGAGAAUGAAUCUUCUCCUGAUGCCUCCACUUCUGAAACAUUGAGCCCUACACCCCUGCCUGUCAGAUCCCAUCCCAAAAUCACGCCUGCAAAGAAGUUUUCACUUCUUCGGUGCCUCCAUGCUCUGUUUGGACGCGAGUUCUAUUGUAUCGGACUCCUGAAGCUGCUUUCAGAUUCUUGUGGCUUUGCUGGACCUCUUUUGCUUCAUGAACUCGUCAGUUAUGUGGACUCCAAGAAUGAAACGCUUUGGAUAGGAGUUACCUACUCCUUAUGUCUUUGUCUGGCAGCCCUUAUUGGUUCGCUGAGCAACGUGCACUUCAACUACAGCAUGGCUCGUCUGAACAUCAAGGUGCGUGCUGCUGUCGUCACGUCCGUAUACAGGAAAAUCCAGCUUCUGAGUCUGGCCCAGUCCAGCCGCUUCAAGCAAGGGGAGAUCUUAACGCUGAUGAGCACAGACACUGAACGCCUGCUCAACAUUGGGCCGAGUCUGCACGCCUGCUGGAGCCUGCCGCUGCAACUGCUUGUCACGCUCUACCUCCUCUACGUGCAGAUCGGCUGGGCUUUCCUUGCCGGCGUCGCUAUUGUCAUCCUCUUGCUUCCACUCAACAAAUUGCUGGCAGAUAAAAUAGGCGAGCUAAGCGUGCGCAUGAUGUCGUACAAGGACAGACGCGUGACGGUCGUGGCCGAGGCGCUGACAAUGAUCAGGGCGAUCCACAUGAACUGCUGGCAACGGCUCUUUGCUGACACCAUCGAUCGCGAGAGGGAGGGCGAGUUGAAGGCGCUGGCAGGACGCAAGUAUCUGGACGCGGCGUGCGUGUACUUCUGGGCAGCUACGCCGGUGCUGAUCCCCAUAGCGACAUUCUGCACCUACAUCAGCCUGGGCAAUGAGAUGGACGCGGCGCGAGUGUUCACUGCCGUGGCGCUAUUCAACAUGCUCAUCAUGCCACUCAACGCCUUCCCCUGGGCCAUCAACGGACUUGUUGAAGGCUUCGUCUCCAAUAAACGCAUUGCCAAUCUUCUCGAGGAGGUGGAGCAAGACUUGUCUCAGUACUACACCAUCGUAGCGGACAUGUCGACUGCAUCGUCCCACCUGCAAAUUUUGCUUCGGAACGCCUCAUUUUCUUGGAAGUCCGGCCCCACUGCCUCCACAUCUGCUGCUCAAACUCCCGACGAUGACGACGAUGUUGGUGACGGGUACAACAUUGCCUCCAGGAGCCACGAUUUUAAGAAACAAAUAGCACGCAAAAAGCAUGGCUCAUCCACCAGGAAAUUCUUCGGGAAAGCUUCUCAGGGAAGUGACGAAGAAGAGUUGGUAGAUGGUCGUGACGAUGAAAGUUUGGCUGACGAGCAAGACGACGACGACGGGCUUAACAUCGUCCCUCGGAUUGGUUACGCCGCUUCAGACGCACGUCCUGUUAAAUCCACCAGCAGUCGUAAUGCUGCUGCUAUUCUCUCAAUAAAACCGACACUCAAAGACGUGAAUUUAGAGAUCGCAAAAGGUGAGGUGGUCGCUAUCAUCGGCAAAACAGGUAGCGGAAAAACAACUUUAAUCAACGCUAUCUUGGCUGAGCUCAACAAGACUCAAGGUGUUGUAGCGGUGGCCUCUUUGCAUCAUGGUUUCGGCUACGCCUCCCAAGAUCCUUGGAUUCAGGACCAGAGCAUACGGGACAAUAUUCUUUUUGGCAGCGCGUACAACAAAGUGCGUUACGAUGCGGUGGUUCAAGCGUGCGCCUUGCACGAGGACAUCACUCAACUGACGCGGGGCGAUGCGACGAAAUGCGGUGAAAACGGCCAGUGCUUGAGCGGUGGCCAGCGGACGCGAGUGGCGCUCGCCCGCGCUCUGUACCAGCAAAAAAGUGUUUACCUUCUCGACGGAGUUUUGUCGAGCGUUGAUGGGCCCGUGGCGAGACACAUCAUGCGCGAAGCUAUCAUGGGCUUUCUUAAGGGCAAGACCGUGCUGCUCACCACCCAUCAUGUGCACCUCACCACUCGGUGCUCCACCAUCAUUAGGCUGGACCGUGGGCGCAUCACUCAUGUGGGAUCCCCGGACGACGUGUUGCCGCAGUUCCUCUCGCCGCAGGAGCUUCUGCGUGACUGGUGGCAGGAAGACCCCGGCACCCUCGCCUGGCAGCGCACAGGCGCCGUGCCACGCAGGGGCGCUGCCACUGCUGCCACGACUGUUGACGAAGGAAGUGCAACAGACGGAGCAGCAGGGGCGGCUAGAAGAGCGGCAGGGCUCAGAGUGGCAACUAAUGACGGCUCGCAGCCGCUGGUGCUGCUCGAGAAGCAUGAGAAAUAUGCCCUCAUUAGCCAGAGCACCGAAGAAGACCUUGAUCCCAACCCAUCCUUCACACACACGGUCGUGCCGAGCAGCGACCGAGAGCACCGCGAGACCGGGUCUCUUGCCUGGUCUGUGUACGCUGCUUAUUUCUCGUCCAUGGGCUACUGGCUUGCCUUCCUCACCUUCUUGGCUUUACUGGGCAUGCAGUUUAGCAGGAACAUCACUGAUUUGUGGCUUGCCUAUUGGGUCACCAAUGCCCCAGGCGGUACGAACCUCACUGUCGUACGCAUGGCCUCCUACCCAAACAGUGGGGGUAAUUAUUGGGAGGGUUCAGGGGCUACAGGAUAUAACACCCAGGAUUGGGAACGAAACACUCCCGGGGAAACGGGGAGUGAUGUUGCGAAUUUUGGUUCGUGGCUCAUACAUCCAAAUGUUCACCAUCACAGCCACGUGCAUCCCUUCUCCUGGGAGGCAUCCAUGAGUGCUUUUAUUCGCGUUCCUCGUGUAGAUAACUCAGGCACAGCUUCGCUCGGACUCCUAGACCUGCACAUCUCACCUACGAACCAAUACUUCUUGACGGUCUACUGCUGUAUUGCCGCCGGCCACUCAAUCUUCACUAUAAUUCGUGCUUUCGGGUUCGCUUACUGCGGCCUCAAGGCAGCCAGAAACCUGCACCGCAAGCUGCUCACCUCAGUACUCCAGAACCCCAUGGCUUUCUUCGAGAGCAACCCGCUUGGUAGGAUAAUCAACAGAUUUUCUUCAGACUUGUACACGGUGGACGACGCUUUACCGUUCCAGCUGAAUAUUCUAUGUGCGCAAUUGGCCGGACUUGCUGGGAGCAUCAUCCUCACCGUCUAUGGCUUACCUUGGAUGAUACUUGUUUACAUUCCCGUCGCUUUGUGGUACUACAACAUACAACAUUACUACAGGUUUUCGUCGCGUGACCUACGACGGCUACAGGCGCUCUCCCUGUCGCCGGUGUACGCCCACUUCACGCAGACGCUGGCGGGGCUGCCGACCAUCCGGGCCAUGAGGGCCGUCAACAGCGCUGGCAGCGAGUGCGAGCGGCUGCUGGAGUGCAGUCAGCGCUGUCAGCUGAGCGUGCAGGCUGCCAGUCAAUGGCUGAGUCUGCGGUUGCAGCUGCUUGCCGUUGCGGUACUGGCCGGAGUUACUGGCCUUGCUUUGCUGCAACACCACACCGGCGCAGUCAGUCCUGGUAUCGUUGGUUUGGUGGUAUCCUACGCUCUGACCAUCAACGGGUUCCUCAAUUCCGUGGUUUCUUCAUUCACCGACACCGAGAGGGAGCUGGUCGCCGUGGAGCGCAUGGAGGAGUAUAUUCGCGGUGACAGAGACUUCGAGCUGUCGCUCAGUAUUGGCGCGUAUGGCGGCGUACAUGUGGACCCAACUCGCCGCAGCCCUGCGAUGCCAGCCCUCAACCCGGGGCCCGAGUGGCCUACCCACAACACGAUCCGCUUCGAGGGCGUCUCUGUCAGAUACAGACUGUACCAAGCACAUGCUCUGCGUGACUUGUCAUUCCGCGUGGGCGCCAACGAGAAGAUUGGCAUCUUAGGGCGCACGGGCGCCGGUAAAUCGUCCAUAUUCGCGGCGCUCUUCAGGCUCGUCGAGCUCAGUAGCGGCGCCAUCUACAUUGACAACGUCGACAUUGCCGGACUUUCCCUGGAGAGGUUGCGGACGACGAUGGCAAUAGUCACUCAAAUCCCGGCACUUUUCACGGGCUCGGUACGGCAAAACGUGGAUCCUUUUAACCGCCACACAGACACCGCCAUCUGGAACGCCCUCAAGGCUUGCUAUGUUCAGACUGCCCUCAAAGACGCCGUUGCGAGAGCUCGUCAGUUGAAAAAACUAGAAGCGCAAAACAACCCCGAAAAUUCUGGAAAUGAUGAUGCAUCAGAUGUUGAAAAGCUUGGGAUCUCUGAGAAUUCUGCAGCUUCUGGAUCACGAUCUUCUGAUGAGGGUGGUAGAGCGAGAAGAGCUGAAGAAGAGGCAAAGGAGGCGGUCGCUUCGGUGCUGCAUUUUCCCAUGGGGGAUUUGGGGAGAUGUUUGUCUCACGGUGAACGGCAGCUACUUGUACUUGCUCGAGCCCUUCUCACCAGAGCAAAGAUAAUUUGUGUAGACGAGGGGACGGCGUCUCUGGACCCCCUGACGGAAGAUGCAGUGCAGCGCGUCCUGAGUGACACGUUCCGCAACACGACGGUGCUCAUCGUCGCCCACCGCCUCCGCACCCUCAGCGACUGCGACAGGCUGCUGGUUCUAGAAAAUGGAGAGCUGGUAGAGGAAGGCUCACCACACGAGCUCAUGGUGCGGCAAAACUCGCGCUACUGUAAUCUGAUGAAACGACAGUGAAAUGGUGCGUGUGGUGCUGAAGCUUACUGAGAAGGUGAAGCUCGGUGUGUAAUGAUAGCAAGAUAGUAGUGCCAUAUGUGAUACAAGGUAGAAUAUUUAAUUUUGCGUGUCUUGUGAAGUUUUCUGCGACAUUAGUUGUAAAUUUCCUGUAUGUAGCGAUGGCUUGAAGUUCAGCUGGGUAAGAGUUUGACAGCAUAAAACAGGUGAUGCUGGGUUUAGAAUGAGUAGGUACUUUCAAGCUACGGCGUUCUUCUAUAAUUUGUUGAAACUCUACAGAAUUGACUCCCAAUAAGAGGUUGUGAAGCGUAGCUAUCCUUAAAGGGGAUGGUUUUCAUUUGAUUUGUGCUUGUAUCCGCUCCUUUUUAAAAUAAUAAUAAUGAUGUAAUAAUUGCUAACAAGUAAUAAAAUGACAUAACAAUAGAUAUAUACAGGUAGGUACGAUCUAAAUUUUUCUGAUAGGUUUUAACGGAACUCCAGCUCUAAGUAUACGUAAUUUAUACGUCGACCGGCAUUAAUUCAUUUCGUAAUAUAUACGUCGUAUUUCAUAAUUUAUAGGUCGACCGUCGACAUUCAUUUCGUCUUGCAAGAAGAGUACCGGUACCUAUUUGUGAGAUUAAUUAGUAAUGAUGAUGAAAAUGAUGUAUACGAAGUGCAUGAGCGUCGUGAGGUAAGUGGCUUUCGGAGCGAUGUUCUUGAAAUGAACUCGUGAGUGUGGCAAUUAUUAGAGUUGGCUCGUCUCCCAAGGAUCGGCUCUAGUUUCCUACAACCUUCUCAACUUUAUGACAUUGAAUAUAAAGCAGGUCGUGAAAUGGGUAAUGCAGGACUUAACUCUCAUUGCAAGGCCCUCGGUAAAGAUUGCAUGAAAGGCAGUCAAUGUAUGUGCUAUGAAAAAAUUUACCUAAAGAUCUUCAUAUUAACUGUUCAAAGAUGAUGACUAGUUUUAAGACGAAAACUGUUUUAAUCUAAAUUCUUUCUACGACAUGAAAGAAUCAUAUAAACUCGAACACGAGCUUUCUUUCAUUUCCAGGCGUGGGUUAUUUUAACGCUCGAUCGUUUGCCAAGUUUCUUUCCUAUUUUAAAACUUUGAUAACAAUAAUUUUUUGAAUGAAAUGUGCUAAUAUGUUCAGGACAUAUGCUCAAUCGAGGUAUAUAGAAGCCUGUAUAAUAUAAUUCUUUAUCAAACUGCAUUUGUUUAAGUAGCUCAGGUGAGUUGAUCUCCUGUAUCAUUUGUGAUUUUUAACGCUCGGUUAAAGAUAUGAAUUUAAUGCAAUAAUUUUGUAAUGUAAUUGACUCGAACGAAUUAUUGCAGGAUCUUAAUGUACACGAUAUGGCGGAUUAACGAGUUCAAAUGAGUUUUUUCAUUUGAGAACAGUGCAAUUUUUUGAUCUCUUAAGCGCAUUAUAAAACCAUUGGGAACGAGCAAGUCGUUACAAAAUUUCCGAAUAAUUUUAAUGUACGUUGUAUAAAUACAAAUUCAAUCUGUUCUUGGCAUUUGUAGCUUUGUCGUUAUCGUAGUGUUUCGUCACCAAUGCUAUUCAAGCGGAUAUGCCAAUUGUGAUCUUCUCACUUGGCUGUGCUGAAACUUUAAUUUGUAUCUAUUAGUUCUUUUAAUCUUUCAUUUUAGGAAUCUUCGGGUUAUGUUAACUUUAAGACAUGCUGUAUUCCAUGAGCGUUCACCAUGUGAUCGGCUGCUUACGCGGCGCUAAAAACGUCAUGUAUGAAGCGUGUCGCCCCUCCGUUGUAUUAUUAUUAUUAUUAUUAUUAAUAUUAUUAUUAUUGUCUUCUAAUUCAUGCAAGCCAAUACUUGUGAGCUGGCCUUGCAUAUUUCAAGUCGUUUUCUGCUCAUUUCUAUUAUAUUUUUAAAGAUGUAAAAGAUGUACCCCAAUCAGUCAUGGUUGAACCAAUAGUUUUUGUUUAAAUUUGGGAUGAAGUUAUAUUGCAGAAUACUUUAAUGUUAUCGCUAUAUUAUGAGAAAUGAAUUUAUUAGGACAUAAUGACUUUAGCUCAGAUUGUAUAUUCCCCCUAAUAUUAUAUUAUUAUGUAUUAUUAUUCGUACUUGCUGAGACCUGCCUUUAGAUCUAUUAACGUCAUCUGAAUAUUUUUUUGACUCCUUGAAAAUUGAAAUAUAAUGCGUUCUCUGGUUAUUAAUCGUACGUGUUUCAACAAGAAAAUUCUGCCAGCUAAUGCUAAUCCUCGUAAUAUGUAGACUUUUUCUACCAUGGGCGAGUGCUGAUAUGAACACAUAAACCUUACUAUGCAUUUUGCAAAAUGUUAUUUAGCACGUCAUAAACAAUAUUUAUUGUGUCUAAUUUCAAACAAAUAUCAACAGUAAUUUUACUGUCGAUAUAUUCAAAAGAAGCCAUUGUACCAUAACCGUCAAGUGUAUUGGCUUAUAUUCAACAUGAAACCUAAAUUCAUCACUGAUGUCCAAUUUUUCAUGUAACAACUCAAAGCAUAUACGACCGCUGUGUAUAAUUAUAAUGAAUAAUUUAUGCAUCUACCAGCGCUGCUUUUUUCACACGUUAUCAUCGCACUAGCAGACCAAAGAGGCGCAGUCGUUUCAAUUGUCAUUUUGUCCGUGUCGUGAUGGUAGUAUGAAUACUUCCCAUAUUACCAAAGAUUCUCCUCUCUUUCUAGCUGAAGUAGACGUUGUUCAAACGAUCUAUAUGCACGGGAAUUCCACAACGUCAAAAAUGCGGUAAAAAAAUUUACUGCAGAGUAGGCAAAAAAAUAUAGAGCCCAUUUCGUUGUCAGCAAGACUCAACUUUGAAGCACAGUGGGAUUUGCCCCAGGCGUAUAUAGAGAUUUAUCAACAAUCGCAUGUAAUAGUUUUAGUCGAGACCAAGUAAUUGCACGCAUCUAAAUGUUUUCUGAGACUUUUUGUAUAUGUAUUGUUCGUCUCGUUACCUGACAAUUUAUUCCCUUCUGAUGUUCAUAGUGUUCAUGUAUCGAUGAAAAGCUAUCGUAUUAUUAAAUGAGUAUCAUAC